AUGGCAGACCCGUUCGUUGAAAGUCUCAUGGCGUGGAAGCCGUUUCGAUUCUUCGUUGGACCCGAUAAGAAGGAAUUCACAAUGCACGCUGACCUUGUGGCCAAUAUGUCCAAGCCCUUGAAUGCCCUAGUCAAUGGCGCAAUGAAGGAAGCUCGCGAGGGUGAGGCCUAUUUGCCCGAAGUCGACGAGGCAACGUUUGCACUAUUCUUGCGGUAUGCUUACAAGGGCGAUUAUGAGGUUGCUGGUCUCGAACUUUCAGACCGCGCUGAGACCUGCCUUGACUGUGAGCAAGAUCUGAUCCGAUGCAAUUGCGAUUACUGCAAUUCCUGCUGCCGUAUGCUAUGUUAUUGCGGAAUCAAAGAAACCCAGAGCCUUUUCCGUGAUCGUCUAUAUGGACAUGCUCUCUGCGAUCAGGAGAUCACAACUUUGAAGAAGUUCGCUGAUGGAGCGUUCCUCACAUAUCAAAUGCUUGAAUUCCGCACAAACAACUCGGAUGAAACGUUUUCAGAAGUGCUGCUUGCACAUGCUCGACUCUACGCCAUGGCCGACUAUUACGACCUCCGCUCGCUCGCCACGCUUUCGAAAAACAAGAUUCACCAGACUCUCGCACUACUCGGGCUCCAGGACGAUUUCUGGUCUGGCGAAUCUACUUGCGUUAAUGCUGUCUGCAACCUGGUUGAUUACGUAUGCAGAAACACAGUGGACAAAAAAGGAUCACCCGAUCUUCUCCGAGCUCUUCUCUACAAUUAUUGCGCCAUGAACAUCCGCUUCUUGUCGGAGAAGGAGCGCUUCCUGCGACUACUGCAAGAAAGGGGCGACUUCUCAGCUGGCAUCAUCUGUGAGAUUGCAAAGAGAAAAGUGUCUUGCUCGUGCACGGAUUAA